UCUUGUGCAUGGAUCCAGGCACCCAGCCUAGGCAGAAUGAGGGUGGACGGCAGCAGCAAGUGAUGGAGGUUCUUUUGAAGAAAAGGAAUGGAAUGGAGAAACACUUCCAGGCUGAUAGACAGGUUGGUGCUGGAGCUGGAGGAAAGAAGGAGAAGAUGAUGACGGAGAAAGAGAGAUCGGAGCUCCAUCGGAGAGAGAACGAGGCAAGAGAAGCUCAGACCAGGGAAGAGAUGGAGGCUCUGCUGAAGGAAAGGGACGAAAUGAGAAGAAGAUUUCAGGCUGAUAAAGACAGCUUGAUGCUCCAGUUAGAGGAAGAGAGAAGGAACACGGAGAAGGAGAUAGAGCGGUUUGACAAAAGACAGAAGAUAACUGAAGGCUGCUGGAGGAAACACUGUGAGGUAGUAGAGCAAAUAAUUCUUGAAGAAGUAACAGAGCUGGAGAAAAUGACAAAAGAGCUGAAUGACCUGAAAGAAAUUGUGGAAGAACUUAAGCAGAAAGCCAGAACUAUGGAUCCUGAGAUGAUGAGGGUUGGCUGGUUGCUGAAGCUCUGCAAGAGGAAGACGGUACUUGGAGAAAGAGAUGGAGUUCUCAGCUGAGAGACAGUAAAAAGCCAGAGCAGCUCAGUCGACAGAAGUGAUCGACGUUCUGGUGAAGAAAAGGGUUAAAAUAAAGACACAGUUGGUGCUCGAACAGGUAAUCGAUAUCUUGGACGCAGUCGCUCACUGUUCUUCAUACGGAAAGCGAAAGAGACAGGAGCUGAUAAAGAGCAAGGAGAGAGAGGUUCACUCUACAGAAGUGACUAAUGAUUCAGUGAAGGAAAGAAAGGAAAUGAAGAAAGAGCUUUAUGAAGAAAAAGAGAGGAAUGCAAAAAAAGAAGAAAUGGAGGAGAAAAAUCAAGAGAGAUUCGAGCUGGAGAUUCGAGCCAUGGAAGAGUUUCUGGAGGAAAAAAUUAAUGAACUGAGAACGUUUGAAGCUGAAAAGGAGAGGAUGGAGAGGAUUCCUUAGAUGGUGGAAAAACCGUGGUUCCAGAAGCUCAGGAUGAAGCUGAAGAAGUAGAAGAAGAAGAAAAACACCAAAGAGAGGCAGCAGAUGAAGAAAAAUCAAGAGAGGGAGAGCGAGGAUAAAGAAGCUCAGAUGAGACAAGAGACUCUGAUGGAGAGAAGAGGAGAUUUAA